GAUUAUUUAAAAACAAUGGAGAAUUAUGAGAUCAAAUCAACAAUUUAUCAAAAAAUGACAAAGUGGUUAUUGCUGGUGAUGUGUCUUGGCAUAGCUUGUCAAGAUACCACAAGCGCGGCUCAUCCGAGAAAAAAUUUGACAGAUUCGAUGAGUGUGAUUCACGAAUGGAAGUAUCUUGAUUAUGAUUUCGAUAGCGAUGAAAAAAGACAAGCUGCGAUUCAAUCUGGCGAAUACGACCAUACGAAAAAUUAUCCCUUCGAUGUCGAUCAAUGGCAUGAUAAAACAUUUGUCGCUGUAAUAAGAUUCGAUGGUGUGCCUUCGUCUUUGAACGUGAUAUCUGAGAAAACUGGCAACGGUGGACGCCUUCUACAACCGUAUCCUGAUUGGUCGUGGACGAACUAUAAAGAUUGUUCUGGAAUCGUGAGCGCUUACAAAAUUGCGAUCGACAAGUUCGACAGAUUGUGGGUUCUGGACUCAGGUCUUAUUAAUAAUAUCCAACUCAUAUGCUCUCCAAAAUUGCUUGCCUUUGAUCUCAAUACCUCACAAUUGCUUAAGCAAGUCGAGAUACCGCAUGAUAUUGCCGUAAAUGCUAGCACAGGAAUAGGAGGACUUGUAUCAUUAGUUGUUCAAGAUAUGGAUCUUAUAAAUACUAUGGUAUAUAUAGCAGACGACAGAGGUAACGCUUUAAUCGUCUAUCAAAAUUCCGACGAAUCCUUCCAUCGAUUGACUUCCAACACUUUUGAUAACGAUCUCAAAUAUUCUGAACUGACGGUCGCGGGAGAAAGUUUCACAGUGCAUGAUGGAAUUUUUGGAAUGGCACUUAGUCCCGUGACGAACAAUCUUUAUUACAGCCCUCUCACUUCUCACAGUUUGUAUUAUGUUAACACGGAACCAUUCAUGAAAUUACAAUAUGACGAAAAUAGCAUGCAAUAUGAAGGAAUCCAAGAUAUUUUCAACACUCAAUCGUCCGCUAAAAUAAUGUCGAAAAAUGGCGUCCUUUUCUACGGACUUGUGAAUAAUUCAGCUAUUGGUUGUUGGAACGAGCAUCGACCACUUCAGAGCCAAAAUAUGGAUAUGGUCGCUCAGAAUGAAGAGACACUUCAAAUGAUUAUUAGUUUGAAAAUUAUGCGAAAUCUUCCACAUUCUGGAAGGAUGAAUAGAAUUCACAGGAAUGAAUACAUGUUGGCUUUAAGUAACAAAAUGCAAAAAAUAGUAAACAAUGAUUUUAAUUUCAACAAAGUAAAUUUCCGAAUUUUGGGUGCGAAUGUAAACGAUUUAAUAAAAAACACUCGUUGCGCAAAUUUAAACACUCAGAAUAAUAAUCAAAAUAAACAUAAGAAUCAAUCAUUCUUCAAGAUCACAUUAAAAUCUAUAUCAAAAUUCAACAAAUUCUGCAGUUCACAUAUACUCUGCGUUCUCUUGAAACUGUCGUUUGCAAAAUACUUGCAGCAUCCAAGAAAAAUGACAAGUUGGUUGUUGCUGGUGGUGUGCCUUGGCAUAGCUUGUCAAGGUAUCACAGGCGCCGCUGUUCAAAAAAAUUCUUCGAGAAACUUGGCUAAUUCCAUGAACGUGAUUCACGAAUGGAAGUAUCUUGAUUACGAUUUCGGUAGCGACGAAAAAAGACAAGCCGCGAUUCAAUCUGGCGAAUACGACCAUACGAAAAAUUAUCCCUUCGAUGUCGAUCACUGGCAUGAUAUGACUUUCGUCACUGUACUGAGAUACAAAGGUGUGCCUUCUUCUUUGAACGUGAUAUCUGAGAAAACUGGCAACGGUGGACAGCUUCUACAGCCGUAUCCUGAUUGGUCGUGGGCGAACUAUAAAGAUUGCUCUGGAAUCGUGAGCGCUUAUAAAAUUGCGAUCGACAAGUUCGACAGAUUGUGGGUUAUGGACUCAGGUAUUAUCAAUAAUACUCAACCCAUGUGUUCACCAAAAUUGCAUAUCUUUGAUCUCAAUACCUCACAGCAUCUUAAGCAAGUUACGAUACCGCAUGAUAUUGCCGUAAAUGCCACUACAGGAAAGGGAGGAUUAGAAUAUUUAGUUGUUCAAGCUAUGGAUCCUAUAAAUACUAUGGUGUAUAUGGCAGAUAAUAAAGGUGAUGCUUUAAUCAUUUACCAAAAUUCCGAUAAUUCCUUCCAUCGAUUGACUUCCAACACUUUCGAUGACGAUCCCAGAUAUAUCAAAAUGAUGAUCGCGGGAGAAAGUUUCACAUUGCAAGAUGGAAUUUUUGGAAUGGCACUUAGUCCCAUGACAAACAAUCUUUAUUACAGCCCUCUCUCUUCUCGCAGUUUGUAUUAUAUUAACACGGAACCCUUCAUGAAAUCACAAUAUGGAGCAAAUAAUAUCCAAUAUAAAGGAGUCCAAGAUAUUUUCAACACCGAAUCGGCUGCUAAAAUAAUGUCGAAAAAUGGUGUCCUCUUCUUCGGUCUCAUGAAUAAUUCAGCUAUUGGUUGUUGGAACGAGCAUCAACCACUCCAGAGCCAAAAUAUGGAUAUGGUCGCUCAGAAUGAAGUGACACUUCAAACGAUCGUUGCUAUGAAAAUGAUGCAUCUUCCACAAUCCAACAGGAUGAAUAGGAUGGAUAGGAUGAAUAGGAUGGAUAGGAUGAAUAGGAUGGAUAGGAUGGAUAGGAUGAAUAGGAUGGAUAGGAUGAAUAGGAUGGAUAGGAUAAAUAGGAUGGAUAGAAUGGAUAAAAUGGAUAGGAUGGAUAGCUUGAAUAAGAUGGAUAGGAUGGAUAGCUUGAAUAAGAUGGAUAGGAUGAAUAGGAUGGAUAGGAUGGAUAGCAUGAAUAGUAUGAAUAGCAUGAAUAGUAUGGAUAGCAUGAAUAAUAUGGAUAAUAUGAAUAGCAUGAAUAAACAAAUGAAUGAAUAUAUGAUGGCUUUAAGUAUGAAAUUACAAAAAUUUGUAAACAAUGAUUAUAAUUUCAAUGAAGUAAACUUCCGAAUUUUGGGUGCGAAUGUAAACGACUUAAUAAUGAACACUCGUUGUGCAAAUUCUGACAAUCAGAAUAACAAUUAAAAUAAUUGUAACAAUCAAGCUGAUA